AUGGUGUGUACAAAUGUCCUGGCAGAUACUCUCAAGAGCAUUAAAAAUGCUGAAAAGAGUGGCAAACGCCAAGUUCCUAUUAGGCCAUGCUCCAAAGUUAUCAUCCGGUUUCUAACUGUGAUGAUGACGAAUGGUUACAUUGGUGAAUUUGAAAUCAUUGAAGAUCAUAGAGCUGGGAAAAUCGUUGUGAACCUCAAAGGCAGGUCAAAUGAGUGUGGAGUCAUCAGCCCCAGAUUUGAUGUACAACUCAAAGAUUUAGAAAAAGGGUGGAAUAAUCUGCUCCUGUCCCACCAGUUUGGUUUCAUUGUACUGACAACUUCAUCUGGCAUUGUGGACCAUGAAGAAGCAAGAUUUAAAGACACAGGAGGGAAAAUCCUGGGAUUCUUUUUCUAG